CUUAGCUUACGAGAAAACGAGAAGAAAAAUAAGAUUUAAUUAAAUUUUGACAAAUUUAGAGCCUUUUAAAGCGUUUAAAUAAUUGAAAUCGCUUUGUGAUAACACUCUUACUAAGAAUAUAGUAAAGAAUUCUUUUAGUUUCGCCUGAAAAGUGCAAAAAAGUGAAUUGAAUUUUUUUCAUCGAAAAUUGUUUUUGUAAUGUGCUGUGUGAUGCUUUACAAGUCUUUUUGAAUUUCCUAGUGAAGAAAAAAUAAAAUCAAAGGAAAGAAGAAGUGAAAAAAGUCAUCAUGAAAGUGGAUACGAGCCGCUUAAAGAAAGGAACAUCAGAAGUUCCACCAGAAUGUCAAAAUCUAAUUGACAAACUCAAAUCAUGUAAUCGAAAUGAGUUAAUAGAAGAACUAGCAAAAAUUGAGACUUGGACAUUUGGGAAGUGUGAAUUAUUUCACUGGAUUGACAUUCUCGAUAUAUUUGAUGAGAUAUUAGAAGAAGCGACUCAUUAUGAAGAGCACCCAAUUUACAUUACGUGUGAUACACCUCCAUUUGAAAAGGGUCGCAAAUUGCUUCUUCUCGUACUCAAUUUCACAACUUUGCUGAUAGAACACAGCUUCUCGAGACAUCUUUACAACUCUGUUGAGCACCUUACACAGCUUUUGCUCUCGACAGAUCUUGAAAUCAUUCUUGGUGUUCUCAAUCUAUUGUACAUGUUCUCAAAACGAAGUAAUUUCAUAUCGCGUUUAAGUAGUCAUAAGAAAAACACAUUAUUGAAUCGCUUGAGACAUAUUGCUGAACCUUAUGGAGGCAAGGAGUGCGGAUUUGGUUUAGCAGAUUGUUGCCGUCCCGAUCAGAAAAUGCCAAAGGCAAUUUAUCAUUUCUAUUAUGAAUAUUACACUAAAACUGGAGCCUUGCAAGUAAUUGAUCAUCAGAAUAUAUCUAAGCAUGAUCCAAAGAGUAUAACAGUCAAAUUAUGGAAGGAUCUGGAUCAACAUCUCGACGAUGAUCAAAAAUAUCAUUUGUUUGCACGAGCACGGCUCGCAACUGGAUUUUGGAAUUAUGAAAAUCGUAUUUUAUUCGUGCAGGCUCGUUUACAAGCAUUAUCGAUACUCGUCUAUUCUGAUGCUUUAAUGGGAUAUACACCAACUCUCAUUUAUCCUGGCUUUCUGGAAGAACUAGUUGAAUUGUUGGAACUUCAACAGCCAAAUUUGGUUGAAAUUCGUGCUGCCGCAUUGAGAACUUUAACCGCAAUAAUUCAUUUAGAAAGAAAUUCACAGUAUCAACGAAAAUCUGAAUCUCGCUUAAAUACGAUAAUUGAAGUCACUGGUGCAUCAUCUUAUCAUGGCUUCUUACCGACACUCGUCCGAAAUUGUAUUGUUAAUUUGACUGGUUCAAACAAUAAAUCAACAACACCUACAACACCGUCAUACAAUGCAACAGAACAACAGAAAUCAUCGUCAAAUGAUGACAAUUUGUUUCCUCUGCAGCUUGCAACAGCUCUAUUUAGCUUCUUGUAUCAUUUGGCAAGCUAUGAGCCUGGCGCAGAAUCGCUAGUUUCAUGCGGUAUGAUGGAGAGUUUAUUGAGAGUCAUCAAUUGGUCUGGUUCGGAACUUGAACAUAUUACAUUUGUAACACGUGCUGUGAGAGUUAUAGACUUGAUUACCAAUCUAGAUAUGCAAUCAUUUCAAACCAAUUACGGACUCAAUACAUUUAUCAAGCGCCUAAAUAUGGAAGUGAAUUUGUGUCGUAAAGAGCAAUCCUACGAGAUAAAACCAAACAUUGAAAAUCCUGCAGAGCACGAUAAGAAUAUAACACAUAUUGAUGAAGCAAUGGACACUGGAAGUCAAUAUGGUGAUGAUGACAUUUGUAUGUCAGCAUCAACAAGUGCAAAUCUUGGAAUGACUACAUCAACACAAUCGAUUGAUGGCAGCGGCAGUGCAACAUCAAUAUUAAAUAAGUCAAGUGAACAACAACAAUUAAUAACAAAUCGUACUUGUUUACCGCAACGAGCAGCAUUAUUAAAAUCAAUGCUAAACUUUCUUAAGAAGGCAAUACAAGACAUUGCAUUUUCUGAUUCAAUAAGACACAUAAUGGAAGCAACUCUUCCUGAAUCAUUAAAACAUAUUAUUAGUAACUCAGAGUAUUAUGGUCCUUCAUUAUUCCUCCUCGCAACAGAUGUUGUUACUGUUUAUGUCUUUCAAGAACCAUCAUUGCUCUCAUCACUUCAAGAUAACGGAUUAACUGAUGUUGUUUUACAAGCACUCUUAAAGAAGGACGUACCAGCGACACGCGAAGUUCUUGGAUCGUUGCCAAACGUUUUUAGUGCAUUGUGUCUUAACACGAGAGGAAUGGAAAGUUUCCUGAAAUAUAAUCCUUUCGAUAAACUUUUCCGAGUAUUUAUUUCACCUGUCUACUUGUCUGCGAUGCGAAGACGACGUAGUUCUGAUCCACUUGGCGAUACGGCAUCAAAUAUUGGAAAUGCAAUGGACGAGCUAAUGAGAAAUCAGCCAAGCUUAAAGACACCAGCAAUAAAAGCAAUCAUCAAGUUACUAGAAGAAAUUGUGGAUCUUGGAACUGAUCCAAAAUAUGUGUGCUGGCGUGCACAAAACAAAAAUGAUGUAUCGCCACAAAUGCCAAAUUCAAGACAAGCUAAUAGUAAUCACAAUAAUGGCGGAAGUUCUGAUGAGGAUGAAGACGACGAAGAAGAAGUAUCAACAUCGUCACAUAAUCAAGCUCAGGGACAAACAACUGCUACAGGAAAUGAAGAAGUAACAAAUUCAAACCAAGCGCAACCACAACAAGGAACGUCGCAAUCAACAUUCACUUCCCAAGCAUCAUCGCCUACUGAACGCAUUCCAAUUGCUCUCAUUGACUACAUUCUCAACACGAUGAAAUUCCUUGAGGCUAUUUUAAGCAACAACUCGACUGACGAUCAUUGUCGUGAAUUCGUCAACUUGGGUGGCUUAAAGUCACUUUUGUCCAUCUUGGCACUUCCUAAUUUGCCAGUAACAAGUCUUAAUUCACCAAUUACAGCUACGGCACAAGCAGUUGCUUCUGUUUGUAAAUCCAUCUUGAACUUAACACAUGAGCCACAAGUCUUGCAAGUUGCAUUGGAACAAUUGUCUGUGGUUGUCGAAAGCCUUCAAUCGCUCAUGAAUAAUCAGGAGCACACAAGCAGUAGUGUUUUGCUUAAGGAACUUGCAAAUUGUCAGGACAUUAAUCACGCAUUCACAAAUGCAAAUUAUACACCAUUGUUGCAUGCAAUGAGUGCCGUUCAUGGAUAUGUUUUGAUGCUUGUUCAUGUGUGUCGAAGUGGUCAAAGUGAUAUAAGAACAUUAUCAUUAAUUAAAUGGGGACAGGAUAAUGAAACUGGAAUAAAGCUUUUAAAGAAGCUUGUGAUGCUUUAUACAGGUCUUGUCUGGGAAUCGACACUAUUGCUGGCUUUGUGUACUGACGACAUUGUUCCAGCUGGUUCUGAAUUCAGUAAAGAUGAAAUGGAAAAGUUGGGUGCUAGUGAUGUUAAAAAUGUGAUUGAAGUCAAUUGGGACGAAAUUGUAACAAAUUUAGCAGUUAUGGAGAAUCUAACACCAAUUCCUAGUAGCUCAUCAAAUAUGGAUGUAGAUGGAUCGAGCACUGGUGCUUUGAGAAAGAUUAAACAGCCCGAUGCUAGUAUGAAGUUUGUAACAUCACAAAGUCAAUUGAAAUACAUCAAAUCAUUAUUGGGAGCUUCGUCAAGAUUAGGACGUGCUUUAGCAGAGCUUUUUGGCUUAUUAGUCCGAUUGUGUGUUGGAUCUCCACUUCGUCAACGUCGUGGACAAAACUUCAUUCCAGCAACAUCAUUCACAUCGCCAACAGCAAAAGAAAUUGCUCGAAUUUUAAGUUUCAUACUAGUUGAUGGAUUAUCGUUCCAAAAACUGCCAGCAUCACCAGUUCCGAAAUUAAAAUUAACAUUCUUAAUCUGCUCAAUUGGAUUUACAAGUCCAAUGCUAUUUGAUGAGAAACGAUUUGCUUAUCAUUUGAUGCUAUACAAAUUUAUUGAAGAAGGCGGACUUGAAGCCUAUUUUGAAAUGUUCCGUUGGACAUUAACUGCUGGAUAUACAAUACCCAUUCAUCGUGCAAUCGAGCAUCCAAAUUUGCCAGAUGGAACUGGAGAAGCAUUAGACGCUUGGCUUAUGUUGCUUGAGAAAAUGACAAAUUUAAAAUAUAUAAUUGAGUCACCACAUCAGAUUACAUCAAAGAAUCGUACUGGAAAGCCUGAUUUUGACACAAAACAUUAUUUGACAUAUAUUCAUCGCAAUGCAUUUUUAGCAAUUCAACACAUUUGGGGCUUUAAGCCAUUAAAGUCAUAUGGACUUCGCAUGACUGAAUCAAUGUUAUCGAUUUUAAAGCAUGUCAUUAAAGGUGAAAAGGUUUUACAAUCAAAAUAUUAUAAGAAUGGACAAGGUGUUUCUAUUUCAUUAGACAAUAAAUCAAAAUCAAUAAUGCCUGGGAGUGAAACAGUAGCAGCAGCAACGGAUGUCAAUCAAGAGCAUUUAAGACAACUAGUUGAUAUGGGAUUUUCUCGUGAGCAAAGUGUUUAUGCACUUCAACGUUAUUUGAGCUUGGAAGGAGCAACAGAAUAUCUCUUAACUAAUCCACGCAAUCGUUCGAUAUUAUUCGAUGUCGUGAGUGAUGAUGAACGUUCUGUAGUUGCAAAUAGUAAUCCAGUGCCAAUAAAUAUGGACAUUGAUGUUGGUGAAGAAGAUGAGCAUGUAAUUCGUGCAAUUUUAAACAGUUUAGGAAAUGAUCGACCGACAACAUCUGCAUCGGGAAAUAGUAUGGAAAUUUCUCCAGGAACAAGUAAGAAUACAUUGGAGGGAACUAAGGAUGAUAAGACAAAAGGUGGUGAAACAUCUAAAAACCGACAAAAGGAAAUUAUGAAAAAGUACUUGAUUGAACAACCAUUACCGAAAAAGACUAUUGAUGAUUUUACAUCAAACUUGCUAAAGACAUGCUUAAACAUUUUGGAUCAAUUGCCAGAGACAGUCUAUAAGAUUUGUGAUCUUCUCAUUACCGUCACUAAGCGAAACGGUCCAAUUUGGCGUGAUGAAAUGCUCGAUACAUUAUGUAAAGAGAUUUUCAACUGUAUUCAGUUCUUAAUUGGAAUCUUAGUUGAUGACGGGACAAAGAACUAUAAGGAAAAGAGUGAAAAGCUUGUGUCUGGAGACAUGGCAAAUAAAACGGCAGUAAGAAUUCAUUUGUUCACAUUAUUUUUCCAAGGACAAUAUCAAGACAUGAAAGUUCCAUGCGCAAAUGCACUAAAUUCAUACAAUAUUAUACCGAGACUAAUUAAAGUCUUGACAGACUAUCAAAUGAUUGUAACAAUGAUGAAUAAAGCAUUACCAACACCAAAAUGGCUUGCUCCAUUAGCUUUAUUGCUCGAUUUGUAUGAUAAAGUUGCACUUUCAACAAAACAAAAGCAACAAAUGCAUAAGAUAUGUACACAACAAUGGCAAUGGUAUGAUAUCAGUUCAUCAAAGUGGACAAAUUAUUUACCACAACAGAAUAAAUUAAUAAAUGAUGCAUACAUGGCAGGAGAAAGUGAAUUACAGUUAAUGGUCGGACGUCAUCGAUAUACAAUUAAUUUCAAAUCAAUGUCACAGAUAAAUGAUGAAAGCUCAAAUCAUCGUCCAAUAAUAAUGGCAUUGAGAUCAAUAGAAACAAUGAAUAAUCCGACUAAUGCAUUUGACGAAAAAGCAGAAGAUGCAGAACAACAGCAAGCUUCUGGAAGUGAUCCAAUUAUUGCCUCAUCAUCAAUGGCUACAACAAUUACCGAAAGUUCUUCUAUAAUUUCUGUACAGACCGUACAUCCAACAACAACAGCAACAUCAUCAACAGAAGUAACCGUAGAAAGUGUCAAUUUAAUGGAUGUUGAUACGCCAGCAAAGAAUUAUAUCAAAAUGCUUGAAGAAAUUGAGCUUGAACCAUUGAGUAGCUUCGUUCCGGAAGAAAUUGUCUCUUCAUGUGUACAACUAAUGGCACAUCAACAACUCGAUCGAGACACUUUACAUGCAAUUAUGCGUGUUCUUGUUCGUUUGACUAAAAAUUAUACAUUGGCCGAAGUGUUUGCUAGAUUCGGUGGCAUUGAUGUCUUGUUAAACAUGAAACAAAACUCUGGAUUUAUUGGAUUUACGACAUUAGCAACACUCUUGAUUCGUCAUGUAAUUGAAGAACCAAAAACAUUGUCACUUGCAAUUCAAAAUGUAUUAGUAAAUCGAACAUUAGUUACAAUUCCACCAGGACAUCGUGAAUUAGUUUUUCUCAUUCGACAAUUAAACUCUGCCGUUUAUCGUGAUCCAGAGUUAUUCAAGGAAGCAGCUUUAAAAAUCUUACGCGUUGAUUUUGAUUCAAUGAAACGAUCACAAAUUCCUGAUGAAAAACGUUUUAUUAUGAGAUCACUUCCUUUGUCAACAAAUAUGAAAUAUAAUAUGGAACAAUCGACUGCAAUGUCAGCUGUAUGUAAAUUAUUAAAAGCAUUAAUUGAACCGGACGAACCAGGAAGUAACAUAAUGUGGAUGCAAGCUGAAAAGAGCAAAGAUUCGCAAGGUGCUGCACGAAAAGAAAAGUUUACAGCAGAACCACAGCCACAGCAAUCAAGUCAAAGUUCAUCAGAUGAUCAGAAAGAGAAGCAAGGAAGCAUGAGUGAUAAACCAUUAAUGAAUAAAUCUGCAAUUUUAAAGAUUUUGGCUGAAUCUGUAAAGAGUUAUCAAACGGUUGCACUUCACAUUACAGAACAUCUUUAUCGUGCUGGAAGUUCCUCAUUAAUUAAUGAAGAUACAACAGCUCUUUCAUUCAUUCUCGACAAAAUGUUUCAUAUCUGUGAUGCAAAUAUGGAUCGUGAAUGUCCAACAAUGGCACAAAAUCUAAUAUCAGCAAUUGCAUCGUCAGACGUAACUCAAGCUCAAGAGACAGUUGUUCAUGAAGUUAAAAUGGCAUUACAACGUGCAUUAAAUGAGCCAGAAUCAACCGAAAAGCAUCUCCAUAUCGAAGGUCUUGCAACCUUAAUUCCAGCAAUGAUCGAUAGCAAUAAUUCUGGGAAUACAGAAGGAAGUCAAUUCUUUAAGACAAGUGGACAGAGUCAAGUUCGUCAUAAUAUCUUUUACAUUAUGGUUGAGAAGGGUAUUAUUACAGAUAUUGCUAGAGCUGCUCAAUAUUUGGAACUUGGUGGACCAAAUACAAUUGCAACAUUAAAUCAUUUGAUGAAACCAUUAGAAAUGCUCUUAAGAUUAACAAAUGAGCCAAUGCCUUCAAUGCCGUCAUCAUCAAAAUUCAAGAAAAUGCCUACACAACGUCGCUCACAAACAGCACAAAGCGAAAGUGACGGAAUUCCAGCGCCACCAAUUGUUGAACAAGAGACAUUAAUUGAGGCUACUGAGCAACAAAACAAUCAAACAAAUAGUGAAGCAUUAAGUAACAAUGUAAAUGCAACAAUGACGACAGUAUCAGCAGGAACAUCUAUUAAUCCAAUUAAUAAUCAAAAUCGUUCAACAGCCACAAACAGUGACUCGACAAAUGCACAGGAUGAACAAAUGUUGGCAGAUGAUUCUGAGCAAAAUACUGAUCGUGAUAUGUCCAGUGCAGCAAUUGAUUCAUUAGUCGGUGAAAAUGAAUUGGGCGAUCAUAUUGGUGAGGUUCAUUUGAAUGAAAUCCUUGAUACACUAAUCAGUGAGGAAUUGCGUGGAAUAAAUGAAUAUGCAGAAGACGCCAAUCAAGAUGAUAAUAAUGACGAGGAAGUAAAUGAAGGAGGUCGUCGUCGAAUGAUUAGAGAUAAUGUCGAAUUGAUGCAUGUCUUGGGUGAGGAAUCAAGUAGCGAUUCUGAUGAUAGUGAGUCUAACGCUUCCGAUAAUGAAGAACGAGAAAUGGACGAAGUUGAAGAAAUUGAAAACGACGAGGAUGAAGAAGAGGAAAACGAGGAAAGAUCUGAAUUGGAUGAUGACGAAGAAACGCAGCCGUUUGAGAUGUAUGAUCGACAUUCAAUGUAUGGACGACACUUAUCACCGUCUAUACCAGAAAUUGAGCGAGAUCAUGAAGAUAUUUUAAUGAUUCAGUAUUCAAAUAAUGCUCAAAAUAAUGUAAUUGCUAAUAACAAUACGGAAACGCGUGAAAAUCGUGUUGUCAGAGAUCGUGAUUCUCAAAUCGGUGGCAAUAUCAACAUAUCUGUUACAAAUAAUGAGGCGAAUGCAAAUAUUGUUAAUGAGCAGCCACAGAAUUUCCUCUUCAAUGCCAAUUUCCCAUUAUUAUACAAUGAAAAUAGUGAGCCAGGUGUAAAUGAUAGUUCCAAUCCAGCUCAGGGAGCUCAAUCGACAAGCACGAAUGAUACGACGAGUGCAACAAUUAAUACGAAUGCACCACCACCAAAUAAUCAUCCAUUACUUUCAGGAAGACCUGAUGGAAUAUCGACAGAUCGUACUGAUGAUCGUUUGCAUGUUGGGGAAGGCUUGCAGACUGCACGUCGAUCAAAUCGUACGCGAACACGCUAUCAGUUUAUUAAUGUAAACACACGCAAUCAGCCGAUAAUUCUUCAGCGAAUGCUUGAACUACGACAUAAUCGUCAAGCGGGACAAAAUGCAGGUAAUGAUCCUUUCUUGUUCCGCGACGGAACUCGUGUUGUGGUGAUGGAUAAUGGAUUCAGUAUUUUCUCUAAUGGCGAUGAUUUAGAUUUAGAAAUGGUUGAUCAGUCAGGCUAUUGGUUUGGUCGAACGCUCGCAAACCAUCUCAAUAAUCAUCCAUCGGCGUUGAGUUGGUGGCAGGAAGAGAAUAAAAUAUCCGGACCUGAUUCAAAUUCGGACUUGUGUAUGGUAAUGUGUGAUGAGAUGAUUCCCGAAAUUGAUGCUGCACGUACGGCUGAACUGAGUAAAAUGCGCGGAAAAAGAAAGAAGAAAUUAUUAGAAGAGGAAGAGGCAAAACAGCGUAAUCAAGAUGGAAAGAAAACAAAUGAUGAGGAAACUGCUGAAAUUCAUGUACAACCAGAAGUUGCAUUAUCAAGUGUUUUAACAAGCGUUCCUGUUCCAAUUGAACCGAUUCGACUUGCUGAACCAAUACCUAAUAAUAAUAAUAAUAAUAAUAAUGAGUUCAGUGAGAAUUUAUCAAAUGCUAAUAAUUUGGUUCAGCAACAAUCAUUGCCAAAUGCAUCAUCUACAACACCAUCAUCAAAUAAUCUUAACAUCUCAUUCAUGGAUGUUCAUGAAUCUGAACAGAAUAAUGAUAAUGCAAUUCCACAAGUUAUUCAGCCAAUCACUAUUUCAACACAAAUUGUUUCACCACCACAACACAUAACAACAGAUAAUCAAUUGAAUUUAGACUUGGAUGUUGAGAUGGCAUCUGAUAAUGAAGAAUCGUCUGCUUCAGCAAACAACUCGCGAUCAUUUUCACCAAAUUAUUCGCCAAAUAGUAAUCAGAUUGAGACUGGCGAAUUAAAUAUGCUUAAUCGUGAAACGCCUUCGUCUGCUUCAAAUGAGCAAAAUCAAGUGAGUAAUAUGAAUAUUCAGGAUCAAAAUCAGUCACCCAGAACGCAGCAAAUGGAACAAGAUCAUCCAAUGGCUGAUAGUGAAAAUGGUGAGCUAAUUAAUUCAAUGGCUAUUGAGGCUAGUCAAAUUCCAUUGCCAAUUGACGAUUCCGAUAAUACAGAUUCAGGCGAUGAUUCUGAUGAUGAUGAUGAUGACGACGACGACGAAAAGCCUAUAGAACUAGCUGUAUCAAAUAAUCAGGCUGACGAAGAAGCUACUGCAUCUACAGAACAAAUAGAAAAUGUAGAAAAUGUCGAGGAAGAAGAUGAAGAUGAAGCAUCUGGUACGACUGUAAUGAUACAAAACAUUGAUCCAGCAAUUCGUGCAGUUUUGGGUGAUAUGGAAGUUCCCGAAGGCGUCGAUCCAUCAUUUUUGGCCGCAUUGCCUCCAGAAUUGAGAGAUGAAGUUGUCCAAGAACAUAUCAGGCAACAAAGAAUCCGUCAACGUGCUCAAGCUAGUGUUGCAUUACAGGAAGCACAAGCUAUGGCUGAUGUUAAUCCAGAGUUUUUGGCAGCACUUCCAUUAAAUAUACAAGAAGAAGUACUAGCACAACAAAGACUAGAACAGCAAAGACAAGCAGCAGCUGCUGCAAAUCCCAAUGAUCCUGUCAAUGCUGCAGAAUUCUUCCAAAAUCUCCAACCUUCUUUGCGUCAAGCUAUAUUAACUGAUAUGGAGGAUUCACAAAUAUCGGCAUUACCUCCAGACUUGGCAGCAGAAGCACAGACAUUGCGUCGAGAUUGGGAAACAAGAAAUCGUCAAAUGCAGGAGAGAAUUCUGUCAAGUAGUUUUACAAAUGCUCUGAGAGCUCCUGGAAACAGAAAUCCUCGAGUGUUUGUUCCUCGUCAACACCUUUUAGGUUUUGGAACGACAGGAACUCACACAAUGGCUCUAACGAGAAAUCACACUUUAACACAGACAUCAAUAACUUCAAAUAUGGAACGUCAAGGAGCUCCAUUAUUAGAUCAAGAAUCAUUGGCAUCAAUACUCGUACUAUUAUUCAUCGAUGAUCCGAAUAUUGGAACAUUACGAUUAUAUCGUGUCAUUAGAAACUUGUGCUUCCAUAUUCCAACUAGGAAGUGGAUCAUUAAAUCGCUAUUAAGCAUCAUCAUGAGAUGUAAUGAGGAGUCUAUGGAGCAUUAUUUAGAACCAACGUCAUCAAAGAAAUCCAACCGUGAUGAUGAUAAAGUUAAAUGGCUUAAAUUGCGAUUAGAUUCAGCAUUAGGUGGACGUGCAAAUGUGUUCCUUAAGAAACUCGAGAAAGUAGGCUCGAAUAAUGUACCAUUAACAAUUCAUCCGAAAGCAUCACCAACUGUUUGUCGUCAUACACUUGAUUUGUUGAUUUUCCUCGCCAAAACUUUCCCAAUUCACUUUUUGCCACCAUCCAGAAAGAAUGCAAAUCACCCAUCAAAUUCGUCAAACGAAACUAGCGAUUCAAUGCCUUCAACAUCUGCUCAAGCAUUACAGCGUGAUAGAUCAACAGACUUUUGGGAUAUUUUGUUGAGAUUAGACAAUGAAAUUGAUGAUCGAUCAAAGAAAGGAGCGAAAAUUCGAUCGGCAUGUAAACAAAUAAAAGAGUUCUGUGAACAAGACAUUAAAUCAUUUGCUGAAUCGCCUUUUGGACAAUUAAUAACCAUGCUCUCGUAUGAUAUUAUUAGAAAGAAUACAAUGUUGACUGAUAAACUCCUUCGAUUGUUAUCAUUGAUCUCAAUUAUUUUGGCUGAUGACAAGUACAAGAACAAUAAUUUAUCAAAACCACCGCAGCAACAGCAACAAAUACAAAAUCAGCAACAACCAAGUGAAGAGACAAAUGCUGCGCCAAGUUCUAGCAGUGCUGAAAAGCCGUCAAAUGAAAUUGUGAAAGCACAAGAUAAUAAUAAUGACAUGAGAGAAAGAUUACCAGAAUCAGAAAGACAUUUAGCAUUGACUGUUGACGUCCUAACAUCUAAAUCAUGUUCCGAAGAUGGAUUAGAAGAUGCGACAUCACUUUUAAUAAAUUUAAGUCAAUGUUCGAGUAUGACAAAAUAUAUGAUAAUUAAAUUAUUGGUAAAAGGUGUAAUUGAUUUAUCACAUAUGGUCCAGAAACACAUUAACAAUCUUAUGGUUGAGCUAAGAGAAUUAAAUGAGACGAUUAAGAAUGAAAAAUUAAAGCCAGAAUCAAAUAACGAUGAUUCUGAUGAACUAUCAAAGCCUUCAACAUCAAGAGGCACAUUAAAAGAUCGAUUUACGAAAGAUGCAGUCAUUAUUACGGCACCAUCGAAAGUUAAGACAUCCAAUGAUCUUCAAUUACCAUCAAUGGCACCACUUUUAUCGAAGACAUCUAAUCAAAGCUUCUUUUUGCGAAUUCUUAAAGUUAUCACACAAAUUCGCGAUACAGUACGACAAGAUUCAAAAGUAUGUGAUGCUGAUGUUGAGCAACAGCUUGUGAAACUAGAAACUGUUCCAUUAAGUGAACUUCUUGAUCUCGAUUCAUUAUGGAAUACAUUGAGUGAUUGCUUGAAGGAAUUAGAAGAGACACAAGAUCAUCAUGCAGUCCUCGUUUUACAACCGACCGUAGAAGCAUUCUUUAUCGUACAUUCAGCACCACAAGUUAAAACGACAAUAGCUGAACGUAAUUUGGCAGCACGAGCGCUUCGUAAUGCUGGAACAGCUGCAAAUCCAGAGGCACCACAACGUGAUAAUAAUGCUACCGCUGAAAAUGCUAAUAAUAAUCAAGCAAACGAAGAGAGAUCAAAUCAAGAAAAUAAUACAGAACAACAACAACAGCAGCCACAACAAGUUCAUUUGAAUAUUCCGAUUGAUGAAACUGCAGCUGCAGCUGUAGCUGUCGAAUCAAAUAGUGAGGCUGGAACUUCACAUGAACGUUUAUCACCAAUGGAUACGACACAAUCAAGUGAUGGAUCAGUUCAAGCGUCAUCCUCAACGGGAGGUUUACAGCAACAAGUUAGUCAACAAAAUUUGACACCAGAUCAAAAGAAAUUCUUACACUUUGCCGAGACACAUCGUGUUGUGCUUAAUCAAAUUUUAAGACAAUCAUCAGUGCAUUUAGCUGAUGGACCAUUUGCUGUUCUCGUCGAUCAUACACGAGUCUUAGACUUUGAUGUUAAACGACGAUACUUCCGUAUUGAACUUGAGAGACUUGACGAUGGAGUUAGACGAGAGGAAGUUGCUGUACAUGUCCAUCGUGCAAAUGUCUUUGAAGACUCGUUCCGUGAACUUUAUCGACGAAGUCCUGAAGAAUGGAAAAAUCGAUUCUACAUUGUAUUCGAAGACGAAGAAGGUCAAGAUGCUGGUGGAUUAUUACGCGAAUGGUAUAUGAUUAUAUCACGCGAAAUCUUUAAUCCAAUGUACGCUCUAUUCACUGUCUCGCCUGGUGAUCGCGUUACUUAUAUGAUUAAUCCAUCGUCACAUUGCAAUCCAAAUCAUUUGUGUUACUUUAAAUUCGUUGGUCGUGUAAUAGCUAAAGCAAUUUACGACAACAAGCUUCUUGAGUGCUACUUCACAAGAGCUUUUUACAAGCAUAUUCUUGGCAUACAAGUAAAAUAUACAGACAUGGAGAGCGAAGAUUAUGCAUUCUAUCAAGGUCUCGUAUAUUUGAUGGAAAAUCAUGUCGAAUCACUUGGAUAUGAUUUGACGUUCAGUUUAGAAAUACAAGAAUUCGGUGUAACUGAAGUGAGAGAAUUAAAACCAAAUGGCGGCAAUAUUGCUGUUACGGAAGAGAAUAAACUUGAAUACAUUCAACUUGUGUGUCAAUUGAAGAUGAGCGGCUCCAUAAAGCAACAGCUUAAUGCAUUCUUGGAAGGCUUCUAUGAUAUUAUCCCGAAACGACUGAUUUCAAUAUUUAAUGAGCAGGAAUUGGAAUUGCUUAUAUCUGGAUUACCAAACAUUGAUAUUGAAGAUUUGCGUGCAAAUACAGAAUAUCAUAAAUAUCAAGCUACUUCAAUUCAGAUUCAAUGGUUCUGGCGUGCAUUACGUAGUUUCGAUCAAGCAGAGCGAGCUAAAUUCCUCCAAUUUGUAACUGGAACAUCAAAAGUACCACUCCAAGGAUUUGGUGCAUUAGAAGGAAUGAAUGGUAUUCAAAAGUUCCAAAUUCAUCGUGAUGAUCGUUCAACAGAUCGAUUGCCGUCAGCACACACAUGCUUUAAUCAAUUGGACUUGCCAGUCUAUAAAUCAUAUGAUAAACUACGUACCAACUUAAUGAAAGCGAUACACGAAUGCUCGGAAGGUUUUGGAUUUGCCUAAAAGGAUAACAAAUAUUCAAAGAGAGUGAGCUAAAUCUAAUCUGCUUUAGGGAUAAAUAUGAAAAAUAAAACACGUAAAGCUCGUAAGAAAUUAAAUCCAUAUUUAAAAAAAAAUGAUGAUAAUAAGCCUGUAAUUAUGUUAUAAUACUUUAUUUCUAUUAGAAUUCAUUUCCUAAACAUUUUUCUUCUCUUAUUUCAUGUUAUUAAAAAAAUACAGAAUUUUGAAGAAGUAAACAAUUUACAAUAUAUUUAAUGAUAACAGUAGAAAAUCUUUUAAUUCUUUUGUGUAUUAGGGCUCAUAAUUCUUUAGACCAGUUCUUUUUAUCAUGGCAAAUAAGUAAAAAAUAUUAAAAAGGAAUAAAAACACUAUUUUAUAUAUUGAAAUAACCAAAAUGUUCAAUGCUUAAGAAAUUUUUCAAUGAUAAGAAAAUCGAAAUAAGAAAAAAAUAAAAAUAAAUGAAUAAAAAAUUACUAAAGUCCUCGUGUUAUUGAUCGAAGGACUUCAGUGCAUUUUUGACGCAACGAUCAGUAUUUUUUUAACAACAAAAAUACUAUAAAAAAGCAAAUAGCUCCAAAAAUUUGCUUGAAGUAUUUUACAAAUGAGGCUCUGCAAAUAGAAAUGAGAAUUAAGCAUUAAGACUAUAUUUUCUAUUUCUUUGUUCAAAAGUAUAUCAUAUUAUAUAUUUUUGGAAAGGUCUUGAUUUAAGGAAUACAAAAAACUUAAUUAUAUUAACCAAUUUUAUCCAGGGUUGGAACACUAGUGCUCAGAAUAUGGUGAAAACCAUACCCUUUCAACGCUCUUUUUCACCUAGUUUCAGUUGGUCAAAAAAUAUGCUUUUACUAUUUUUUAGUGUGUAAAAAUACAUAUUGAGAAGUGUCGAACAGAAAAAUGAAAUAAAAGUUUUUUUUUAAAAUAUGAAUUUAUGCAAAUAUGCAACAUUCCUUAGCGAUUGAGUCAUAGAUUCAAUUUAAGUUCAAUGGAUUAUUUAUUAGUUUUUAUUCUCGGUGAAUCAUUUCUAUUGAGUACACGAAUAAAA